CGCGGGCCCCCUCGCUUUCAUGCGACUUGCUCGUCGCCCCACGCGCAUUUCGCGCCCGGCUUCCUGUCUUUGCCAUAACGCAAACAGUAACUGUGCAGCGAUGUCCUCCCCGGCAACGCCAGGUGAUGACCACCCGGCCUCGCUGCCCACGCGGCAGCGCUCCUCCAGCGUCCUGCCUGGCGCGCGCUACCAGCCGCUGGACGUGGAGACGCCGCGCUCGCCCACAAAGCAUGUAGCCAGCAGCGACCCUCUGCAUGCGCCUGCGCCUGCAGUAGCCCUACCCCUCGCGACCGCAGCCCCUCAAGGCGGCGAAUCCGGUGCUGCAGAAGCACCCACAGCCGCCGGCCAAUCGCCGCCGCCGCCACCUCGGCCGCUGCCGCUAUCAUUGCAGGAGGCUCAGUCCCUGCUGGCACUGGCGGACCGACAGAACCGACUGUGGCAGCAGUCGCGGUCGCAGUCGCAGCGCAGUCGCGCCGGUGGGGGCGCCGCCUCAGCCGCGGCCAGCUCAUCAGGACCCGCCGCGGCCGGACCCGCCGCCGCUGCGACCACAGCAGGGCCCGGCCUACCCACUUCCUAUCGGGCCGCCUCGCCCGGAUCAGGCCGCUGGGAGCAGCCCAGUCAGCAGCAGCAGCAGCAGUCCACGUCAUCCGUGCCAGCGGGGCCUCGUGCAGAUGUGGAGGCGGCGGCGGCGGCGGCUGGCCUGGGGGGCGGCGGCCGGGGGGCGGCGGCGCCAGGGUCACCCAGCAGCACAGGCUGGCACAGCCCCAGCGGCCCGCCGCAGAACCCUGCUACAGCCGCCGGUGGCGGGCCUGGCGGCAGCAACAGCUACAGCCACAGCCACGGCGGCGGCUACCCCACCUCCUACAUGUCACUGCCCCUCUCCUCCCCAACGUCUGCGGGGCAUACGGGCGGCUCCGGCGGCAGCAGGGGCGGCAUCGGCGGAGGCGCCGCGCCUGCUGCUACGGCAGUAGCGGCAGGAGCAGGGGCACCGCUGCAGACACUGCUGCGGGGCUGGAGGGCGCGGCUACAGCCGUGGCAGCCUCUGCUGCUGGCGCUGGUCAUGCUGGCCGUCACCGGGCUGGCGAUCCUGUUCACACUGCUCGCCGUCCACAACGCCUGGAGGGGCCGCGGCGGCGGCGGCGGCGGCGCCACGCCGCAGCCUGCCGUGUCCUCAUCCCCACUGGGCAGCGACCCGGCUGCUCCGCCGCUGACGGCGCUGACGGCGCGGGAGGUCGCGCUGCUACGACCCGGCUUCCACGUCUUGCCGCCCGGCGGCGGAUGGCUGAACGACCCCAACGGCCUCAUGCAGUGGGGCGGGCUGGUGCACGUGUUCUACCAGCACAACCCGCACGGGGCGGUGUGGGGGCCCAUGCACUGGGGGCACGCCGCCUCACCCGACCUGGUCCACUGGGUGCACCUGCCCAUCGCGCUGGCCCCCGGUGAGGCCUGGGACCGCGACGGCUGCUGGAGCGGCUCAGCCGUCAUGCCGCCGCCGCCGCCGCCGCCAGCAGCAGCAGCAGCAGCAGCAGCAGCGGGUGGUAGAAGUGGCGGUGGUGGUGGUGGUGGUGGUGGUGAGGAAGCACCGCUGCUUCUGUACACAGGAGUUAACAACUUCAGCACCUACGGAUAUUAUUACCAGACGCAGGCGGUGGCCGUGCCAGCCGACCCCACGGACCCCUUCCUCACGCGCUGGCUCAAGCCGGCCGCCGCCAACCCGCUGGGCCUGCCGCUGCCGCCCGGCGGCGUGCGGGCGCAGUUCCGCGACCCCGUGUCGCCCUGGCGGGUGCCUGCCGACCGCAUUGGACCCGACCUGGCGGCGUGGCUGGGCUGGCCGCCGGCGACGGCGGCAGACAAGGCGGCGGCGGCGGCGGAACAGGCGGCGGCGGCGGCUGAAGGAAAGGCGGCGGGCGGCAGUGGUGUGGGUGGUAGUGGUGGGAAUGCUACAGCCGGUGGCGGCGGCAGGCGACGGCGAGGCCGGCGGAGGCUGCAGCAGCAAGGCGGCGGGAGCAGUAGCAGUAACAGUAGGAAUGGCAGCAGCAGCGGUGAUGAUGGCGGCGGCGGCGGCGGUGUGUGGUUCACUGCCGUGGGGGCUCUGGACGACUGUGUGGGCUCGGCGGCGCUGUACUCCUCACCCGACCUGCGUGCCUGGACGUACGCAGGCACGCUGUACUCGCAGCUGGGUCAGAACCUGACGCUGUAUGAGGCGUGUCUGGCGGCGGACGCGGCCGGCACGCCGCCCGGCACGCGCGGCUACGGCGGGCCGUGCGACCAGAUCGGGCCGCGCUGCCGCAUGUGGGAGUGCCCGGGGUUCUUCACCCUCCCGCCGUCGGCAGUGGAGUCGGGUGCGGCGGCGGCGCUGGCGGCGGAUGCGCAGGUGCGCUCCGCACUGGCAACGGCGGCGGCUGGGACUGGUGGGAGGCCGCCGGCAGGAGGCGCGGCAGUAGCAGCAGCAGGGGGCGGCGCGGCUGCAGCAGGAGGUAACAGCAGUAGCAGUAGCAGCAGCAACAGCAGUAGCAGCAGUGGCGGGUCCAACAGCACUGGCAGCAGUGAUCGCGGCGGUUCGACCGCUGAAGGCGCGUUCCCGCCUGCUACUGCUAAUGCCGGCAGCGGCAAUACGAGCAGCAGCGGCAGUAGCAGUGGCAGUAGCACCAGUGGUUUGGCUGCUGCGGAGGAGGACUCGGCGGGCCUGCUCAACGGCGGCACGGGUGUGGUGGUGUUCAAAUACAGCGACCAGAUGCGCGGGCGGCCCGGGUUCGCCGCCGACUGGUACCAGCUGGGCGCCCCCGCCGCGCUGGACUACUCCCUGGCCGCGUACCAGGACGGCAGGGACGUAUUUGCCCCGGAGCUGCUCCUGCCGCCACUGCCCAACCCUCCACCCGCCACCACCAACACCACCACCAGCACCAACGCUUCUGAGCCGCGGCGGGUGCGCAGCGCCCCCCAGCUGCUGGACUACGGCGGUGUGUACGCGUCACAGGCCUUCCGCAUGGGGGACGGACGCCUGGUCUGGUUCGCUUGGGCGUACGAGGACGCUGUGGGCUGCGGUGAGAUGUGCGCGCAGGGCACACCCCUCAGCGCUGCCGCCGGCUGGCAGGGGCUGCUCACCUUCCCGCGCGCCCUGUACGUGGACCCAGACACACUGCAGCUCAUUGCGCGGCCCGUGCAGGAGCUGCAGCUGCUGCGCCGCCCGCGGCCCCUGUACCUGGGGGCGCAGCAGGCGGUGGUGGUGGCGGCGCCGGCGCCGACGGCGGAGCCGCCUCCUGCUGCUGGCGCCGCUGGUGCUGCUACAAAUGCUGAUGCUGGCGGCGGCGGUGGCGGUAGCGAGGGUCAGCCGCAGCAGGGCAGUUUGUCCCGGAGCCGCUCUCGGCGCAGCUGCUGCCGGCCUGACGUGGCGCUAGGUGGUUGCGGCGGCGGCGACAGCAGCAGCAGCCCUAGCAGUGGGGGAGGCAGCAGCAAUGACAGCAGCCGCAGUGGCGGCAGCGGGGCCCCGGGCGCCCUGCCCACGAACGCCUCCGCGCCUUCUGCUGCUGCCGCUGGCGCCGGCGCCGCUCCCGCUGCGGGCACAGCAGCCGGCAGCGGGGCCGCUGGCGGCGGCGGCGAGGCGGCGGCUGGGUCGUGUGGCGACUCGGCGUGCUGGCUCCUGGUGCCGCCCAAAGACCAGUCCUUGGAUCUGGUGCGUGCUACUGCCGCUGCCGCUGCUACUGCUGCUGCUGCCAAUGGCAAGGGUGGCAGCGGCACGGCGGGCAGCGGCACGAAUCCCACCACCUCCAGCUCCACCCCCACCUCCGGCCCCCAGGCGGGCCAGCAGUACCCGUACGACGACCCGGAUGACGUGGCGGGGCGGCUGCGGCGGCGGCUGGAGGUACAGCUCAACUUCACACUGCGGGUUCUCAGCAUGCCGUAUGUGCCGCCGCCACCGCUGGCGGCGGCUGCUAACAGCAGCAGUAGCAAUAGCAGCAGUACCAGCUCCCCAACGGGUGCGGCGGCGGCGGCGGCGGCUGGGUCCUGGCGGCCGUUGGACUUCGAGGUGGGGAUGCGGCUGCUGCUAGGCAACGGCAGUUACGUUGCCGUUUACAUCAACGGCUCCGUACAACCGCCACAACCGCCUUCCGCAAACGCCACUAGCAGUAGCGCCGCCAACGCCGCCGCCAACGCCGCCGCUGCGGCUGCGCCGCCUCGGCUGCGGCUGCUGGGCGGCGGCGCGCCGCGUCUGGCUGUGUCGGACAUGGCGGAGGGCGGCGACGUGGGUGGCGGCGCCGGCGGGCUGUUCGUGGAGCGGGGGUGUGUGGGCGGCAUGACUAACGGCACACGACUGCAGGGCGGCUACCUGCCGCUGUGGACUCGUACCGAGCCGGCGGCGGCGCCACCGCCCAGCAGUGGCGGCGGGGCAGGGGCUGGCGGCAACGACGGCGGCAAUGGCAACGUCACUGGCGCUGGCGAUGGCACAGGUGCAGGAGCAGGAAUCGGAGCAGGAGCAGGAAUAGGAGAAGGAGUAGGAGGUGCUGGGGACGGGAGUGAAGGUGCGGCAGGCGGGGCGGGCGAGGGGCCGGUGGUGGUGUCGGUGCUGGGUGCCUCGCUGCAGGUGCUGGUGGAUGGGUCGGUGCUGGAGGCGUUUGGCGGCGGCGGCCGGGCGCGUGUGACCUCGCGGCUGUACCCGGCCGGCGGCGGCGUGCGGUGGGGCGUGCAGGCGUAUGCGCGAGUGACGGAGGCGGCAGCGGGCGCGGGCGCGGGAGGUGGAGGGGGAGAGGGAGCGGGAGGAGCAGGGGCAGGGGCGGGGAGUCAGCAGGUGCUGGUGGGGUUCAGUGGUGCCGCGUAUGCGCUGCAACGGGGGGACUGAGUGAGGGAUGGCUGUCACGUGUGUGACCCAGGACAUUGAUAUGUAAACGCAGCGGUCU